AUGUUAGAACCCAAUCGUCGGAGACCUAGUCUUUAUCUUGUUUAUCUUGCAUGGGUUGACGCCUGGAUGUCGCUCUCAGAAAGGCCAGAUGUAGGAGUCAUUGAAGCUCCUUUAAGCUUGAAGGAGCUCUCUAGGGUCCUCAUUGCGUCCAAUAGAUUCGAGUUGCUCAAGGAAAAAAACCUCACAACAACAAUACAAUCGUUCAAGACCCACUACAAAACCGGCAAUAUUAAACUGGGCGGGGCCAAAUCUGCAACAUGUGAGGAGACAGACCUAUUGUCAGAGCGCUAUGACCCGCGGACACCCUGUCAUUGUGACGGUGAUAUACCGUACCAACAAAUUAAAAGCCUUGUGAUUUCUGGGGACUCAACAAAAUGCCAGACUGUGGAGAGCACCGUCAGAGCGAUGAAAGAAAUCCGGGCUCGGCCAGAUGAAUGGAAUAGCACAGAUAUUUUCACCGUAGAGAGUCUUGGAGAUGCUAUACAUGAGUUGGUAUGGGCGAAUAUGGAGAUCCAUACGGAAUUGGACACUUGUAAAGGCCCUGGCACGGGCCGUGAGAUACCUACCGUGCAAGCCCCGGACCGACGCCCGCACCCUGUCAACGAUACCAGUCCGGAGGUUUCCAGCCAGCUCUAUCCAACAUCAGAGUCGAUCAAACUAUGUGCAGAUGCGAAACACUACUUUGCCAUGGCUGCAGGUGCGAGUGGCUGCGAUUAUGGCCUUGCCCGUGCUAUUGCCGAUUCUGGGAAUGACAUUUUGAUAGGCGAUUAUUGCGAGGCUGCCGAUGAGACAACUCUGACACUACUUUGGCAAAGUGGCGCCGCGGCAAUUGCUUUUCUCAAACUGUGCAAUCUUUCGGGGCUCAUGACCAACUGGCAAUUUAACAAUCUUAUGGCCGGGAUUCUACAAUUUCGUGCGUUGGGAUAUUAUCGUGAUCACUCCCGACUACGUCUGCCAGACGGUCUUUAUGGUAGUCGCAUGACAAACCUCACGACGCAUCGCUAUAUUGAUCUUGGGCUCUUCAACGCAGUUGUGCCAGCUUCCCUCACUACAGGGGAGCAACUGACCAAGCACCAGUAUUCUGAACUCGUCAAAGCCUGUGCUCUUAUCAAUGAUCUGGUCGACUUCCGCAGUGAUAUCAAGCGCAAGCAGCGUGAAAAUGUGGUAUUGCGUGGGUUGAGGGGAAAUGUAUGCAACUACCUUGAUGAGCUCAUUGGGGAUUGUCUUGAUACUACUGCUAGUCUGCUUGAGACUAGUAGGCUAUGCGCCCUCGUUUUAAUGGGGUUUUGUAACUGGUCCAUAAUGAGCUCACACCACAAGGUCUACGAGCUUAUGAAAGGGAUGGAGUUGGAUACAAAUACGCCGUUGUGCCAAUAUACAUCGACCGAUAAUGAAAGCAAGCGAAAGCGCCUACUAAAUGCGCUGGCCCCGUUUGGCACGCUGGGCAAAGAAGGCCCUAACGUACGGAGAAGACGAUUUGAGCUGGACAAACUAUAUGCUACUUGCAUUGGGAACAAGAGAAGACACUCGGCUUGGUUAGCUGACAUAUCCCGUAGCCUGCUUUGCCCAGGGACUUUGCGAACCCUCGUCGAUGUGGUGCACUAUCAAUGGGAGGGUCAGGCCGGCGAUGUUGAAUAUUGCCCUUGA